CCCGCCACCGCCUGCCGCCGCCGCCACCAGCUUCCCACCCGCCCGGCUCCUCAGGCCGCCUCCGCCUCCGCUGCGCUGCGUUGCGCUGCCUGCGCCCAGGGCUCGGGAGGGGGCCGCGGAGGAGCCGCCCCCCGCGCCCAGCCCCCGCCCGCCGCGCCCCGGCCCGCGCCAUGGGGCUCUGGCUGCCGCCGCCCCCGGCGCCACCAGGCUAGGGCGAUGCGGGCGCCCCCGGCUCGCGGCCCCCGUGGGCACCAUGGGCCCCCUGCUCCGCCGCCUGCUGCUCGCGGCGCUCCUGCAGCUGGCCCCCGCCCAGGCGCCUGUCUCCCAGCCUGAUGCCCCUGGCCACCAGAAGAAAGUGGUGUCAUGGAUAGAUGUGUAUGCUCGUGCCACCUGCCAGCCAAGGGAGGUGGUUGUGCCCCUAACUCUGGAGCUCAUGGGCACCGUGGCCAAACAACUGGUGCCCAGCUGUGUGACUGUGCAGCGCUGUGGUGGCUGCUGCCCUGACGAUGGCCUGGAGUGCGUGCCUACUGGGCAGCACCAAGUCCGAAUGCAGAUUCUCAUGAUCCGGUAUCCAAGCAGCCAGCUGGGGGAAAUGUCCCUGGAAGAACACAGCCAGUGUGAAUGCAGACCAAAAAAAAGAGAGAGUGCUGUGAAGCCUGACAGGGCUGACACUCCCCACCACCGUCCCCAGCCCCGCUCUGUUUCGGGCUGGGACUCUGCCCCUGGAGCACCCUCCCAAGCUGACAUCACCCAUCCCACUCCAGCCCCAGGCCCCUCUGCCCACGCUGUACCCAGCGCCACCAGCGCCCUGACCCCAGGACCUGCCGCUGCCGCUGCCGACGCCGCAGCUUCCUCCGUUGCCAAGGGCGGGGCUUAGAGCUCAACCCAGACACCUGCAGGUGCCGGAAGCUGCGAAAGUGACACAUUACUUUUCAGAUUCAGCGGGGCCUCUUGCCUCACAGGCCACACCCCAGAGGGGGAUUAGAGGGUGGCCUGGUGAGAACAGUCCAGCCCCCUAAGACCUCAGCCCAGGCAGAAGCUGCUCCAGGAUCUGGGCCUCUCAGAGGGCUUUCUGGCCAUCUCUUGUCUCUGCAAGGCUGCCAUCAACAUGGUGGGCAGAGUUGGAGAAGACUUAGAGGCAGCAAGAGGGGUCGUGUACCAACUUGGAAGAGAAUGGGGUCCUGUCUCAGUGUUUAACCACCCUGUGCAAGUGAGCAUCUUACAACUGGUCCUUCCCUGCCCUUACUAAGAAGACCCUGAUCCUCUGCAAAUGAUGGGAAUUGGGCUUUGGUAUGAGAACUGUGACCCUCAAUCCUGAUAAAAGAGAUGGAAGGAGCUGUC